UGGAAGGCGGCGGAGUGAGAGGGUAUCAGUAGCUAGUGCCAGGGGAGCAGCAGGGCUGAGGAGGGAGUCGGGCUGAGACCUGUCUUGGACCACGCCAGAGCGCCCCAGGGGCCAGGUGAGACCCGCGGGAAGCGUCUCCGAGAGCGGCCGGCCCGUUUUGCGCCAGCUGUCCCUCCUCUGUAUUGCUAUGGGAAUUCAAGGACUGGCCAAACUGAUUGCCGACGUGGCCCCCAGUGCCAUCCGGGAAAAUGACAUCAAGAGCUACUUUGGCCGCAAGGUGGCCAUCGAUGCCUCCAUGAGCAUUUAUCAGUUCCUGAUAGCUGUUCGCCAAGGAGGGGAUGUGCUGCAGAAUGAAGAGGGUGAGACCACCAGCCACCUGAUGGGCAUGUUCUACCGCACCAUCCGCAUGGUGGAGAACGGCAUCAAGCCCGUGUACGUCUUUGACGGCAAGCCACCACAGCUCAAGUCAGGGGAGCUGGCCAAACGCAGCGAACGGCGGGCCGAGGCCGAGAAGCAGCUGCAGCAGGCCCAGGCUGCUGGGGCCGAGGCGGAGGUGGAGAAGUUUACGAAGCGGCUGGUGAAGGUCACCAAGCAACACAACGAUGAGUGCAAGCAUCUCCUGAACCUCAUGGGCAUCCCAUACCUUGAUGCACCCAGUGAGGCGGAGGCCAGCUGCGCGGCCCUGGUGAAGGCCGGCAAGGUUUACGCUGCGGCCACGGAGGACAUGGAUUGCCUGACCUUUGGCAGCCCUGUGCUCAUGCGGCACCUGACUGCCAGCGAGGCCAAGAAGCUGCCCAUCCAGGAGUUCCACCUGAGCCGGAUUCUGCAGGAGCUGGGCCUGAACCAGGAGCAGUUCGUGGAUCUGUGCAUCCUGCUGGGCAGUGACUACUGUGAGAGCAUUCGGGGCAUUGGGCCCAAGCGGGCCGUGGACCUCAUCCAGAAGCACAAGAGCAUCGAGGAGAUUGUGCGUCGGCUUGACCCCAACAAGUACUCUGUGCCGGAAAAUUGGCUCCACAAGGAGGCCCAGCAGCUCUUCCUGGAGCCCGAAGUGCUGGACCCAGAGUCUGUGGAGCUGAAGUGGAGCGAGCCAGAUGAAGAAGAGCUCGUCAAGUUCAUGUGUGGUGAAAAGCAGUUCUCUGAGGAGCGAAUCCGCAGUGGGGUCAGGCGGCUGAGCAAGAGCCGCCACGGCAGCACCCAGGGCCGCCUGGAUGAUUUCUUUAAGGUGACCGGCUCCCUGUCUUCAGCUAAGCGCAAGGAGCCAGAACCCAAGGGAUCUGCUAAGAAGAAGGCAAAGACUGGGGCGGCAGGGAAGUUCAAAAGGGGAAAAUAAGCGGGUUUCCCUUCAUUAUACCUCCGUGACCCCAGAAUAUCUGCCGUGUUGUACCCGCAAGAGCUGGUGCUGGAGAAACCUCCGUGGGAGUGGGGAGGGGCUCGCAUUGCUUCCCUAGCACCACCCUGCUCAGUAGUGCUUUUCCCUUUGUUACUUGAUCUUAUGGCAGAAAGGCCACAGAGGUAUGUUUUUUUCUUCUUUUUUAGCUCAGGAAAGUAUGUCAGGCUCAAGCCGCCUCUCAGGCAGUUUAAUGGAUACUGAAUCCAUUGUUACAUGAAAGCAACAAGUUUUGAAGAAGAGAGAGGGAGGUAGAUGGGGAGACAAAAGACUGGAAAUGAUUUCUUGCCUGGCCAACCGGUGGCUGGUGGGAGGUGACUGUGGAACCAGACUGGGCUUUUUUCUGGCUCAGCCUUGACCCACCUCGAAGGGUAGCCAUUAGGAAGAUACAAUCUUAAACAGAUGGGAAGAGCUACCGAGAAAUAAGAUAAGCAGUCCCUGGAGUUGGCAACAAGGGUUUGAUUACCAGCUCUGUGUCCUGAGGUGGGCAGAAACUUGAACUUGCUACAUAACCCCAAUCUUUAUGGUGGUUAUUCAGAGGCAUGAGGUGGUUGAGUGCUUCUCAUGGCCUCUCUCAGGCAGUUAAUUGAGUUGAAACUUUGGCAUAAGAUGCUGUUUUCAUGUGCUGGGUUUUUUUGUUUCUUUGUUUGUUUUUUAAGAUAUGAGGAGAAAAGAGUCAAUAAAAUUAUAAAAGUAA